UCCGGGAAGAAACCAGGAAGUGCAGUUAGCGAACAUCAGGCGAAGCUCAGCUGAAUCAGUGUGUCUGUCGGUUCUGUCGGUUCUGUCGGUUCUGCUUCACCUGAGGAACUGUCUGUCCACUUAACGGUACUGCAAAAUGCCUGAAAUACAGACACCAAGGAUCCAAGCCGUGCACACCAGUGCUAGUGAUGGAUUGGAGGGGUUCAAGGCACAUGCUGUGUUCCAGGAAAUUAACAAGAAGCUCCAGGAGGAAGGGGAGCAGUUUGUGAAAAAGAUCGGGGGAGUGUUUGCCUUCAAAGUAAAGGAUGGCCCAAAUGGACAGGAGGCAACAUGGUUUGUGGACGUGAAGAACGGCAGUGGCUGUGUUCACAAUGACACGGCUAAGAAAGCAGAUUGCACAAUUUCCAUGUCGGAUACAGACUUGUUGGCCUUGAUGACAGGAAAGAUGAACCCACAGACUGCAUUUUUCCAGGGCAAGCUGAAGAUCACAGGGAACAUGGGACUGGCCAUGAAGCUCCAAAGCCUGCAGCUGCAGCCGGGCAAAGCCAAGCUGUAGACGAGACGUCGAGCCAGCUGUAACUACACCUCUGAACACUGAAUAGAGUUAACCACGAAGAAUUUAACAGCAAGUCCGGUUUGAGAUAAAUGUUAAAGGUCUGUGAACCUACUCAUCGCCGGACUGAACCACCUCCUAGAGAACUCACUGACCAUCAGGAGAUUAGUCAGCAGCCCUGCCAAUCUAACUGGAGAAUGAGAAUAGAUGGACAGAUAAUUAAUUCUCUAAUGAGUCCCUCUCAUGAUAAUGCCGGCAGUACACUGGAGUAGAGACAGGUGCUCCCUACUAAUUCCGUUUUCUGUCCAGUUUUCAGUAACCUCCCUGUUGCUAAUGAAAUCUUUCUUUGAGUGUAUUACAUCUGGAAAUGUUUUUGAGUAGAGCAGAUUGAUGUCAUUUUCCACAAUCAUGGACACAACAGUUUAAGUGCCUCCUCGUCUAAGACUUGCAAGGUUUUUAGCCAGCAACACAAAUGUUUUUCACUGUGGCCACCCAAUGUUUCAAUGGAGGGGGUUGUCAUUUUCUGCAGUGCUAUUACUGUAUUAAGAUUUCUACUUAAUAAAUUUGUCUUUGCUGCAACGUC